AGCAGCAGCGCCGGCUGCCGCAGCCGCAGCACGCACGCGCGCACUGUUAAUAUGCUAGUUUUAUGCUAGCCAUCGCUCCGGCCGGCCCCUCCUCUCGGCGUGUGGUGUCCAUAGACCUUCUGGUUGGUUCGUACCAGUACUUGGUUAUUGUCUCCGCCGCCGUGUUGCUCUUCCUCCCUUCUCUUCCUCUUGGUUCUUCGUCGCCUCCGCUUGCUGCCGGCCGCCGCGGUCCCGCGUCGCCGCACAACAGGUAAUCGAGCGGCGAGACAUGACGGCCACGCCCGCGGUGAUCGGCCUGAGCGCCGGCAACCGCCUCCUGAGCACGUCCUUCGGGCCGCCCAGCGACCUGCUCACCGACAAGGUGAAUAGCCACAUGGCCUGCGCGACGGGGGACGCCCACGGCUCCACGUCGCUGCAGUUCGCGCCGCCGCCGGCGCCCAAGCUCACCGUCGCCGCGCACAGGCUCAAGCUCUCCCCGCACGGCCGCGCGCAGGUCAUGCGGGCGCUCAGGCAGAGCGCGCCCGCGGCCGUGCUCGCGCCGCCGCCCCGACCACGUUCGGCAGCGAUGGAUCAUCCCACCGACGAGUUCUCGCUGGAGGCCAUCAUCCAGCUGCAGAGGUCCAUGCUCGAGAAGCAGUGGCAGCUCCCCUUCGAGGACGAUGACGACCUGGCCGAGGAGGACGACGGCGGCAAGACCAUGACCUCCUCAGUCGGCGUCGUGGCGCGCUCCGGCGUCUCCGCAAGGCAGAGACGGAUGAGCGGCCGGAGGCGCGGGAGAUCCAAGAACGGCGCCGCCGCCGCGCACCUGAGCAUCAGCCCCGAGCUGCUGCAGAGCAGGAACCGUAUCUACCUCCGGGGCACCGUCAGCAAGGAGCUACUCACGCACAAGCAGGUUGUCCAACUCUCCAAGAAGAUCAAGGACGGCAUGUGGCUGCAGCAGCAAAGAUCAAAGCUGAAAGAGAAGCUGGGGAAUGAGCCGUCGUACCAGCAGAUGGCGCAGUCGCUCCGGAUAUCGACGCCGGAGCUGAGGUCCAGGAUGCGCGAGUCCUUCCUCGCCAGGGAGGUGCUAACGAUGAGCAACCUCCGUUUGGUCAUAUCCAUCGCACAGAAGUAUGAUAAGCUGGGGGUGGAGCUGGCCGACUUGAUUCAGGGUGGUCUGAUCGGGCUACUCCGUGGGAUCGAGAAGUUUGAUGCAUCGAGGGGUUUCAAAAUAUCCACUUAUGUGUACUGGUGGAUUCGUCAGGGUGUUUCAAGAGCAUUGGCCGAGAACUCAAAAACUUUCAGGCUCCCUACUUACCUCCAUGAGAGGCUCAUUGCAAUUCGUGGUGCAAAGUACGCGUUGGAAGACCAAGGAAUUUCUCCGACAACAGAGAACAUCGCAGUGUCGCUCAAUAUAUCGGAAAAGAAAGUACACAAUGCUACAGAGGCUGUCAACAAGGUUCUUUCAUUGGAUCAACAGGCAUUUCCCUCCUUAAAUGGUCUACCUGGGGAUACACUCCAUAGUUAUAUAGAGGAUCAAAAUGUUGCGAAUGAUCCAUGGCAUGGAUUUGAGGAGUGGUAUCUCAAGGAGGAAGUCAACAAGCUUCUAGACUCAACUCUCACCGAACGCGAGAGGGACAUUAUUCGGUUAUAUCAUGGUAUAGGGAAACAAUGCCAUACAUGGGAGGAUAUUAGCAGACAGUUCGGGUUGUCGAGAGAGCGGGUGAGGCAAGUAGGGCUCAUUGCGAUGGAGAAGCUGAAGCACACUGCGAGGAGGAAAAGAUUGGACGCGCUGCUCCAGGACUACUGAGCUGAGGUGUUUUUCGUGUCUAGUCGGAUCGAAUCCACACACGCAGUGGUUGUAUAUAGUCAGAAAGAGAGAACAUCAACAUAGGGUACAUCCUUAAAAUGGCUCCACUGCCACUCACCUGCAGAUAAUCAUACCUGUACAUUUUGUGACAAUAGGCAUGCAUGAUGAAAAUCCCCCAAUGCCUGUGCUGUCAAGAGUCAGUCAAGGCCAUAUUUUCCUUGGAAGCCUUACAAGUAUUCUGUAUUGUAUAUGUAAUGAAUGUCUCAUAGCUUGAUCAAA